AUGAAGGACCGUACACACGAGCUUAGGGUGGUAAGUUAUUUAUAUUUUUAAUUCUACUCUAGAGACCCCAGAAGCAAACGGUGGUUAUUUGGAAGUGUUGGGCGGUAGGUGCGCCUCACUUCUUUUUUUGGAGGUGGAAAGCAGCUGUCUUAGAGUAGGACCUCUUAAAAUGUUUAAUUUACUGUGAUUUUAUAACAAUGGUGUACAUUUCUGGGGAUCAGUUUAGCUUAGUAGGCUAUCAAAGUAAAAGUUGUUCCACAUGUCCAUAUGGAAACGCAACGUGUGAGAGGACGGUGAAAACAUUGGCACCCGUCAGGUGUUGUAGGCUGUUGUCCAUUAAUAGGCUAGUUGUUGUACAUCGUCUUUAAAUGGGAAUUGUUCAUAAACGCGCGCGAAACUUUUUUUCCCCAAUGUGAUUUCCCUUAUAGUCUAGCUAGUCUGCUUCUAGCUUCAGCCCUAUAGAAAAACGAUGUAUUAACUAUUCUUUUAUGAACUGGCCUUCUCUGAAUGUCUAGAUAUAAUGCUUUUCUUUUCCCCCUUAAUUCCACAUAGGCUAGUUGUCUUUUAUCCGAUAGGCUUUAUCCAAGUGUUUAUUAACGAUCUUGAGUCAAUUCACAUCUCAGUGAAACCUUACUAACAUCACACAUUAUAAAUCACGUUUCUCUCUAUAUACUGUAUCUCUUUAGCGCUCCCUCUCUAUCUCUCACACACACACACACACACACACACACACACACAGCUGGGGAAAGGGGGCAUUUCUCAGUUCUCAGAGGAGCUGCUUUAGCAUCUGUGGAUGACAGUUAACACCUGGUUUCUCCCCUGGAGGGACCACACUGACCAAUCACAGUCCAUCUCACAUGAGUGAUAUCCCAUAUGUCAUCUAGGAAUGGUUUCACAGACAAUCAAGAUUUUUCUUCUUAUAGAUGGGGCCAGUUUGUUACAUAAACUACACUGGCAAAAGACACCCCUUCAAAUUAGUGGAUUCAGCUAUUUCAGCCACACCCUUUGCUGACAGGUGUAUAAAAACGAGCACACAGCCAUGCGAUCUCCAUAGACAAAUAUUGGCAGUAGAAUGGCCCAUACUGAAGAGCUCAGUGACUUUCAACGUGGCACCGUCAUAGGAUGCCACCUUUCCAACAAGUCAGUUCGUCACAUUUCUGCCCUGCUAGAGCUGCCCCGGUCAACUGUAAGUGCUGUUAUUGUGAAGUGGAAACAUCUAGAAGCAACAACGGCUCAGCCACGAAGUGGUAGGCCACACAAGCUCACAGAACGGGACCGCCAAGUUUUGAAGCGUGUAGCGCGUAAAAAUCAUCUGUCCUCGGUUGCAACACUCACUACCGAGUUCCAAACUACCUCUGGAAGCAUCUUCAGCACAAUAACUGUUUGUCGGGAGCUUCAUGAAAUGGGUUUCCAUGGCCGAGCAGCUGCACACAAGCCUAAGAUCACCAUGCUCAAUGCCAAGCGUCGGCUGGAGUGGUGUAAAUCUCGCCGCCAUUGGAGCAGUGGACUCUGGAGCAGUGGAAACGCGUUCUCUGGAGUGAUGAAUCAUGCUUCACAAUCUGGCAGUCCGAUGGACAAAUCUGGGUUUGGCGGAUGCCAGGAGAACGCUACCUGCCCCAAUGCAUAGUGCCAACUGUAAAGUUUGGUGGAGGAGGAAUAAUGGUCUAGGGCUGUUUUUCAUGGUUUGGGCUAGGCCCCUUAGUUCCAGUUAAGGGAAAUCUUAACGCUACAGCAUACAAUGGCAUUCUAGACGAUUCUGUGCUACCAACUUUGUAGCAACAGUUUGGGGAAGGCCCCUUUCCUGUUUCAGCAUGACAAUGCCCCCUGCACAAAGCGAGGUCCAUACAGAAAUGGUUUGUCUCGAUCGUUGUGGAAGAACUUGACUGGCCUGCACAGAGCCCUGACCUGAACCCAAUCAAACACCUUUGGGAUGAAUUGGAAUGGCGACUGCGAGCCAGGCCUAAUCGCCCUACAUCAGUGCCCAACCUCACUAAUGCUUUUGUGGCUGAAAAGAAGCAAGUCCCCGCAGCAAUGUUCCAACAUCUAGUGGAAAGCCUUCCCAGAAGAGUGGAGGCUGUUAUAGCAGCAAAGGGGGGACCAACUCUAUAUUAAUGGCAAUGAUUUUGGAAUGAGAUUUGUAUUUAUUAGGGAUCCCCAUUAGCUGCUGCCAAGGCAGCAGCUACUCUUCCUGGGGUCCAAACAUAUUAAAGCAUUUACAUUACAUAUAAAACAAAAUAUAAAACAGUACAUCAUAUGACAUUAUUACACCACUACCUAUCUACAGUACAAAAUGUUUAAUACCACCAUACAACAAUAUCACAACGUGUGCGUAUGCAUGUGUCUAUACCCUUGUGUGUGUCUCUUCACAGUCCCUGUUGUUCCAUAAGGUUUAUUUUUACCUGAUAAAAAAUAAUAAUAAUCUGAUUCAACUGCUUGCAUCAGUUACCUGAUCUAGAAUAGUUCCAUGGAGUCAUGGCUCUAUGUAGUACUGUGCGCCUCCCAUAGUCUGUUCUGGACUUGGGGACUGUGAAGAGACCUCUGGUGGCAUGUCUUGUGGAGUAUGCAUGGGUGUCCAGGGUCGGCAGGUAGCUUAGUGGUUAAGAGCGUGCCAGUAACCGAAAGGUCGCUGGUUCUAAUCCCCGAGCCGACUAGGUGAAAAAUCUGUCUGUGCCCUUGAGCAAGGCACUUAACCCUAAUUGCUCCUGUAAGUCGCUCUGGAUAAGAGCGUCUGCUAAAUGACUAAAAUGUAAAAAUGUGUCCAAGCUGUGUGCCAGUAUUCCAAACAGACAGCUCGGUACAUUCAGCUUGUCGACACCUCUUAUAAAAACAAGCAGUGAUGAAGUCAAUCUCUCUUCCGCUCUGAGCCAGGAGAGACUGACAUGCAUGUCAUUAAUGUUAGCUCUCCAUGUACUUUUAAGGGCCAGCCGUGCUGCCCUGUUCUGAGCCAACUGCAAUUUUCCCAAGUCUCUCUUUGUGGCACCUGACCACACUACUGAACAGUAGUCUAGGUGCGACAAAACUAGGGCCUGUAGGACCUGCCUUGUUGAUAGUGUUGUUAAGAAGGCAGAGCAGCGCUUAAUUAUCUACAUACUUCUCCCCAUCUUAGCUACUGUUGUAUCAGUAUGCUUUGACCAUGACAGUCUACAAUCCAGGGUUACUCCAAGCAGUUUAGUCACCUCAACUUGCUCAAUUUUCACAUUAUUCAUUACGAGAUGUAGUUGAGGUUUAGGGAAUGAUUUGACCCAAAUACAAUGCUUUUAGUUUUGGAAAUAUUCAGGAUUUAUUUAUUCCUUGCCACCCAUUCCGAAACUAACUGCAGUUCUUCGUUAAGUGUUGCAGUUAUUUCAGUUGCUGUAGUAGCUGACAUGCAUAGUGUUGAGUCAUCCGCAUAAAUAGACUCAAAGCCAGUGGCAUGUCGUUAGUAAAGAUGGAAAAAAGCAAGGGGCCUAGACAGCUGCCCUGGGGAAUUCCUAAUUCUACCUGGAUUAUGUUUCAGAGUCUUCCAUUAAAGAACACCCUCUGUGUUCUGUUAGACAAGUAACUCUUUAUCCACAUUAUAGCAGGGGGUGUAAAGCCAUAACACAUAUGUUUUUCCAGCAGCAGACUAUGAUCGAUAAUGUCAAAAGCCGCACUGAAGUCUAACAAAACAGCCCCCACAAUCGUUUUAUCAUCAAUUUCUCUCAGCCAAUCAUCAGUCAUUUGUGUAAAUGCUGUGCAUGUUGAAUGUCCUUUUCUAUAAGCAUGCUGAAAGUUUGUUGUCAAUUUGUUUACAGUAAAAUAGCAUUUUAUCUGGUCAAACACAUUUUUUUCCAAUAGUUUACUAAGGGUUGGUAACAGGCUAAUUGGUCGGCUAUUUGAGCCAGUAAAGGGGGCUUUACUAUUCUUACAAAAUACCAAUGAUUGUCUUUCAUAGUUUGGGCAGAUAUACUUGGAUGUGUAGUGUCAGCAAUUGUUGCUGGCAUGUCAUGCCUAAGUUUGCUAAUCUUGCCAAUGAAAAACAUUAUUAAAGUAGUUGGCAAUAUCAGUUGGUUUUGUGAUGAAUGAGCCAUCUGAUUCAAUGAAUGAUGGAGCUGAGUUUGCCUUUUUUCCCAAAAUGUCAUUUAAGGUGCUCCAAAGCUUUUUACUAUCAUUCUUUAUGUAAUUUAUCCUUGUUUCAUAGUGUUGUUUCUUCUUCUUUUUAUUCAGUUUAGUCACAUGAUUUCUCAAUUUGCAAUACGUUUGCCAAUCGGUUGUGCAGCCAGACUUAUUUGCCAUUCCUUUUGCCUCAUCCCUCUCAACCAUACAAUUUUUCAAUUCCUCAUCAAUCCACGGGGAUUUAACAGUUUUUAUAUUCAUUUUCUUAAUAGGUGCAUGCUUAUUAGUAACUGGAAUAAGCAAUUUCAUAAAUGUGUCAAGUGCAGUGUCUGUUUGCUCCUCAUUACACACCACGGACCAACAUAUAUUAUUUACAUCAACAACAUAGGAAUCACUACAAAACCUAUUGUAUGACCUCUUAUACACAAUAUUAGGCCCAGCCUUUGGAACUUAGAUUUUCCUAGAUAUGACUACUAUAUUGUGAUCACUACAUCCAAUGGAUUUGGAUACUGCUUUCAAACAAAUCUCUGCAGCAUUAGUAAAGAUAUGAUCAAUACAUGUUGAUGAUUUAAUUCCUGUACAGUUUGUAACCACCCAGGUAGGUUGACUUAUAACCUGAACCAGGUUGCAGGCACUGGUUACAGUUUGAAGCUUUCUCUUGAGUGGGCAGCCUGAUGAAAGCCAGUCAAUAUUUAAAUCACCCAGAAAGUAUAAUAAUAAUAAUAAUAUAAUAUAAUAAUAUAAUAUAAUAAUAAUAUAAUAUAAUAAUAAUAUGCCAUUUAGCAGACGCUUUUAUCCAAAGCGACUUACAGUCAUGCGUGCAUACAUUUUUUGUUUUUUUUGUUUUUGUGUAUGGGUGGUCCCGGGGAUCGAACCCACUACCUUGGCGUUACAAGCGCCGUGCUCUACCAGCUGAGCUACAGAGGACAAUAGUAUACCUCUAUUGAUAUCACAUACAGUGAAGCAGAACUUAAUAUUUGGUACAGAAUCCUUUGUUUGCAAUUACAGAGAUCAUACGUUUCCUGUAGGUCUUGACCAGAUUUGCACACACUGCAGCAGGGAUUUUGACCCACUCCUCCAUACAGACCUUCUCCAGAUCCUUCAGGUUUCGGGGCUGUCGCUGGGCAAUAUGGACUUUCAGCUCCCUCCAAAGAUGUUCUAUUGGGUUCAGGUCUGGAGACUGGCUAGGCCACUCCAGGACCUUGAGAUGCUUCUUACGGAGCCACUCCUUAGUUGCCCUGGCUGUGUAUUUCGGGUCGUUGUCAUGCUGGAAGACCCAGCCACGACCCAUCUUCAAUGCUCUUACUGAAGGAAGGAGGUUGUUGGCCAAGAUCUCGCGAUACAUGGCCCCAUCCAUCCUCCCCUCAAUACGGUGCAGUCGUCCUGUCCCCUUUGCAGAAAAGCAUCCCCAAAGAAUGAUGUUUCCACCUCCAUGCUUCACGGUUGGGAUGGUGUUCUUGGGGUUGUACUCAUCCUUCUUCUUCCUCCAAACACGGCGAGUGGAGUUUAGACCAAAAAGCUCUAUUUUUGUCUCAUCAGACCACAUGACCUUCUCCCAUUCCUCCUCUGGAUCAUCCAGAUGGUCAUUGGUAAACUUCAGAUGGGCCUGGACAUGCGCUGGCUUGAGCAGGGGGACCUUGCGUGCGCUGCAGGAUUUUAAUCCAUGGCGGCGUAGUGUGUUACUAAUGGAUUUCUUUGAGACUGUGGUCCCAGCUCUCUUCAGGUCAUUGACCAGGUCCUGCCGUGUAGUUCUGGGCUGAUCCCUCACCUUCCUCAUGAUCAUUGAUGCCCCACGAGGUGAGAUCUUGCAUGGAGCCCCAGACCGAGGGUGAUUGACCGUCAUCUUGAACUUCUUCCAUUUUCUAAUAAUUGCGUCAACAGUUGUUGCCUUCUCACCAAGCUGCUUGCCUAUUGUCCUGUAGCCCAUCCCAGCCUUGUGCAGGUCUACAAUUUUAUCCCUGAUGUCCUUACACAGCUCUCUGGUCUUUGCCAUUGUGGAGAGGUUGGAGUCUGUUUGAUUGAGUGUGUGGACAGGUGUCUUUUAUACAGGUAACGAGUUCAAACAGGUGCAGUUAAUACAGGUAAUGAGUGGAGAACAGGAGGGCUUCUUAAAGAAAAACUAACAGGUCUGUGAGAGCCGGAUUUCUUACUGGUUGGUAGGUGAUCAAAUACUUAUGUCAUGCAAUAAAAUGCAAAUUAAUUACUUAAAAAUCAUACAAUGUGAUUUUCUGGAUUUUUGUUUUAGAUUCCGUCUCUCACAGUUGAAGUGUACCUAUGAUAAAAAUUACAGACCUCUACAUGCUUUGUAAGUAGGAAAACCUGCAAAAUCGGCAGUGUAUCAAAUACUUGUUCUCCCCACUGUACAUUAUCAAGCAUUUCACACGUUAUCCAGAUACCGACUGUUAGCACUUGGUGGUCUUUAGCAGCUUCCCACCAGAAUUGGCUUUAGGUGAGGCAGAUUAACCUGUAGCCAUAUUACUUCAACAGUAUGUAACAUGAGAUCCUCUCUAAUCUUCGCAGGAAUGUGGUUCUGAACAUAAACAGCAACACCUCCACCAUUGGCAUUUCUAUCUUUUCUGUAAAUGUUAUAACCUUGUAUUGCUACCACUGUAUUAAUGUGGGCUAUUUUGAGCACUUUUCUUCUGGGAUGCUUACUUGUUUUUAUUGCUUUACUGGGAAGCUUAGCAGCAGUAGAUGUGCUCAUGUUCUUUAUGUAAGUGCAGGGUGAGCUGCACACAGUGGACUGCCUCCUCGGGCACACCGGCUCAGUGCUAACAGUAUAAAUCUGGUUCUUAGGCACAUUAUUACUGCACACAAUAGCUGUAGGAUCAGCAGUGGCAUUCAUGGCAGUUAGAGGGACAUAAAUUAGGUUACUUAUAUUGUGACUACUGACGCCCCUGAUGUAAUGUACAUUUGCUGAAGCAUUUUGACAACUCUGCGUCACAAUGGUAAUGAUUAGCUGACCUCGGCUUGGGUCAUUGCUAAGUCAUUAUCUCAACGCCGCCUUAUAAUGCUGUGAAAGGAUCCAGGAACCCAAAUUAUUUAGGUAGAUCCCAUCCUCCUUAUAAAACGUGUUUUGUUUCCAAAAGGUAUCGAAAUUGUCAACAAUAGUUACACCCAUUGAGCUGCAAUUAUCACGUAGCCAGAUGUUCGAUGAGCAGGUGUCCACAUACUUUUGGUCAUGCAGUGUAUGACUGCCCAGUCAUUGUUAAACCUCUACAUUAAGUUCAAAUCCAUUUCAGGCUUCACAGAUUGCUGCUAUUAAAAAAGCAAUUUCACACUGGAACGUCAUGCUGCGGUGGCUAUUAAACACCACGACAGACAGCAUGACUGGAGGGUGAUAUUUCCUCUCAUAUUCAGUGCAAGGGUGAGUUGCAGUCACUGUCCAAUGUUCUGUGGUGCUGAACUUCAACAUUUUGGGAUUCUGAUUCCGUCACUGUCCAUGGUGCUGACAUAUCAGCUAUUAGAUUGAUUUGUUUACAUCAGGCGUUCUACAUGUGACAAAGUCAGCACAAUACAUUUUUCAGACAUCAAAAGUGGUCUAAUGGUGAGAUGAAUCCACUUCCUAAGCCACUUGUUGAGUAGAUCCAGCUACACCUCAGUCCCUAAUUAGUUUCAUCAUCCCAUGUCUAAUUUAAUCUUUACUCAAUGUGCAUGGAUUCUGGCGACAGCUAUGAAUUUAAUUAGCUGUUUUUGAGACCAUAGGAAGCCAAUGGAAUUGGGCAUAGAUGGUUUUGUGUAUUCAGAUCCUGUAGUCCGCCAACGGGGCUGUGCCUUAUUAACACCUGUGCCAUGUCCUGCAUGCAUCUGACUGGAGAUGGGGUCUGAGAAAAAACCCGGUGGCGGUGUGGAAUCAUCACACAGGCAUUUGAGUCAAAAAGUGUACGGGCAUGGGUGGACAUGUUGGUUUGUAUGUUGUGCAAUAGGGCUGGGAAUUGCCAGGGACCUCACAAUACGAUAUUAUCACGAUACGAUACAUAUUGCAACUUGAUACUGGGAUUUUAUUGCGAUUCGAUGUUCCAAAUAUAUUGCUCACAAUAUGUCUGCUGCAGAGGGACAAGAGAGAGCCAUGAGAAAACACAUUUUGAUCAGUCAAGGGAAAAAAAUGCUGAAAACAAAUUGACUCCCUAUUUAAAAAGAAGAUGGAGAACAAGCUAUGAAGGAAAAAUACUGGAGUUUUGCUGCAGGUACAGCCAACUUGCGUAAAAAUUAUAUCCCAAUAUGUAACUGUAUAGACCCCCCCCCCCCCCCCCCCCCCCCCCCAUCACUAUUGUCCAAUGGUUAUAGUGCCAUACCAAUGCUAUUCUUAGUUGUUUGCGAUCUUGGUGUAUUCUCAGAGAUGUAUCAUGUCUGUUAGUGUUGAAUUGUGUAUUCACUGGUGCCCAUUAUGAAAACCUCUAGAGGCUGUACUUCUCGAGGGCCUCUCAUUGAUUGUAGAACAGCCACAGCAUAAAGCAAUGGGAUUGUCCAAACUGCCCAUGGCCAGUACUUGGUUGGUAUAUAAUGCUUACAUGUUGUCUGGAUAAUAUCUUUACUUUUUAGUCAGCUAUGACACUUCAGUAAUGUUAUUGAUGGUUCCAUUUGACCACUUGACAUAUUAUGUAACACUUGCCAGUGACAGCAUUGACGACUCUCUCUCUCUCUGAUGAGUGUGAUGAUGAGUGUGCUGCUAGUGCAGAUGGAGCUGGAGUUAAAGAGUGAGUCGGCAGACCGGCGGUCGUGAGAAGGCAUGUCCUCCCUCACCAGAGAAGGGGGGUCUGGAGUGGUCCCCCUUCUUUCUCUCUCUUGUGUGAGAGGAGGGUGGGUGUGUGGGUGAGAGGAGGAUGUUUGUGUGUGUGUACAUGUGCUGACAUGUGUUUGAGUGUAAGUUUGUGUGUAUUUCUUUGUGGUGUGGAACGUGUAGGCUAAUGGAGAUAAUGUGGUGUCAGUGUGGGCUGAUGGCUGUAAUGACUAUGGUGUAGCAGCAUGGAGCCGGGAACCAUUGUCUCCCUUCCUGUGCCCUCCCACAGCCCAUGUGUAGGAGCAGGAUGAGUGUGUGACGGUGAAAACGCUCCCCCACUACUUCCAUGGGGACUAUUAGGUUCAUCAUCAUCCUCCACCUCUCUGGUUGUCAACUCUCAAGUGUCCUAUAAUUUUUUUUAUUGUGGAACAAAGAAUCGCAUCUGUGCUUUACUAGUACUCAGACCUUGAUUACAUUUUGAAGAUUUUAUUAUGAAAUGCAAAUAGUUACAUUAGCCUUAUUAGUUUGUUACUGUAAUGAGUAAAGUCUAAAUCCAACAUGCUUCUAGAUAAGCAUGGUUUACAAUGGCAUCAAUAGCAUUUUUUCUGCAAAUUGCAUUUUGCCCCAAGUAUAUUUAGAUCCUAUUUGCUGGAUAUCUUUGGAAUGAUAUAAUUGGAUCUAUCUUCCUCUGGUUUCCUGCUUGUUCACUAGCCUUGAUGUCUUGAUGCUACUACAGGCGUCUCGAAUCCUGGCAUGCCAGGCUAGCUUUAAGGCGAUAUUCAUGCAGGCUAAUUUCACUCUGUGGCUGGCUAAUACUUCUCAAUAGAGGCCAAAGGUAAGUGGGAAUGGGUGAUCAGUGGAUAUCUGUAUGGGUAGAAAAAUAUAUUGCCUGAUUCAAGCUGUUGAGGCAGCAAAGGCUCUUGUGUUGAUAAAUUAGCAUUUCCCACCCAUGUAUACCAACAUCGUCAUUGAUCCGUGUGUCUUCAAUCACAAGGGCCUGACUGAGUAUGUAUGCAACAUGUCAUACUGUGCAUUUGGAAAGUAUUCAGACCCCUUGACAUUUUCCACAUUUUGUUACGUUACAGCCUUAUUCUAAAAUUGAUGAUUUUUGUUUUUUUCCUCAUCAAUCAACACACAAUACCCAUAAUGACAAAGCAAAAACAGGUUGUUCAUUAUUUUUUUUUUCAAAUGUAUAUAAAAUGUAAAUAUCACAUUUACAUAAGUAUUCAGACCCUUUACUCAGUACUUUGUUGAAGCACCUUUGGCAGCGAUUACAGCCUCAAGUCUUCUUGGGUAUGACGCUACAAGCUUAGCACACUUGUAUUUGGGGAGUUUCUCCCAUUCUUCUCUGCAGAUCCUCUCAAGCUCUGUCAGGUUGGAUGGGGAGCGUCGCUGCACAGCUAUUUUCAGGUCUCUUCAGAGAUGUUCGAUCGGGUUCAAGUCCGGGCUCUGGCUGAGCCACUCAAGGACAUUCAGAGACUUGUCCAGAAGCCACUCCUGCAUUGUCUUGGCUGUGUGCUUAGAGUCGUUGUCCUGUUGGAAGGUGAACCUUCGCCCCAGUCUGAGGUCCUGAGCACUCUGGAGCAGGUUUUCAUCAAGGAUCUCUCUGUACUUUGCUCCGUUCAUCUUUCCCUCGAUCCUGACUAGUCUCCCAGUCCCAGCUGCUGAAAAAUAUACCCACAGCAUGAUGCUGCCACCACUAUGCUUCACCGUAGGGAUGGUGCCAGGUUUCCUCCAGACGUGAUGCUUGGCAUUCAGGCCAAAGAGUUAAAUCUUGGUUUCAUCAGAACAGAGAAUCUUGUUUCUCAUGGUCUGAGAGUCUUUAGGUGCCUUUUGGCAAACUCUAAGCGGGCUGUCAUGUGCCUUUUACUGAGUUUGGAAGAGUCUAGGAAGAGUCUUGGUGGUUCCAAACUUCUUCCAUUUAAGAAUGAUGGAGGCCACUGUAUUGAAUUUACCACAGGUGGACUCCAAUCAAGUUGUAGAAACAUCUCAAGGAUGAUCAAUGGAAACAGGAUGCACCUGAGCUCAAUUUCGAGUCUCAUAGCAAAGGGUCUGAAUACUUAUGUAAAUAAGGUAUUUCUGUUUUUUAUUUUAAAUACAUUUGCAAACAUAAUUUUUUUAAAAAACUGUUUUCGCUUAGUAAUUAUGGGGUAUUGUGUGUAGAUUGAUGAGGAUUUUUAUUUGUUUAAUCAAUUUUAGAAUAAGGCUGUAACGGAACAAAAUGUAGAAAAAGGGAAGGGGUCUGAAUACUUUCCGAAUGCACUGUAUGUGUAGUGUACUAUUGAAAUCUAAACAUAAUAGGAAAUCUAAACAUCACUUUCUUAAUUUGAGCUUGUAUAGAGCAAUUUAUAAUGAACCGAGGGCACAUCUUCCAUAUGUCCUACUAAUUCAAACACUAUGCUGUCACUGUCACUUGUCCACUCAAGCUUAAUAUUGUUGUCAUCUAUCGCCCACCAGGUGCACUUGGAGAGUUCCUCAAUGAGCUUGACAGCUUGAUAAGCUCAUUUCCUGAUGGCUGCUCUUACCAGGUGACGUGGAGAAGAUUGGUGUCUGCACCACGUGCUCUCACUACUGGUGUCCCCUAAGGCUCGGUUCUAGGCCCUCUCCUCUUCUCUCUAUACACCAAGUCACUCAGCUCCGUCAUAUCCUCACAUGUUCUCUCCUAUCAUUGCUAUGCGGAAGACGCUCAACUACUUUUCUCCUUCCCCACCUUCUGUCACCCAGGUGGCGAAACGCAUCUCUGCGUGCCUGGCAGACAUCUCAACUUGGAUGUCGGCCCACCACCUCAAGCUCAACCUCAACAAGACGGGGCUGCUCUUCCUCCAGGGAAAGGCCUGCCCGCUCCAUGACCUCUCCACCACGGUUGACAACUCCACAGUGUCCCCUUCCCAGAGUGCAAAGAACCUUGUCGUGACCCUGGACAACACCCUGUUGUUCUCCGCAAAGAUGGUUCAGGCUCUCUCAUAGUUCAUGCAGGUUCAUGCUCUACAACAUCCGUAGAGUACGACCUUACCUCACACAGGAUUCGGCGCAGGUCCUAAUCCAGGCACUUGUCAUCUCCCGUCUGGACUACUGCAACUCGCUGUUGGCAGGGCUCCCUACUUGUGCCAUCAAACCCCUGCAACUUCUCAUGCAACUAACCCUAACCUUCCCGAGUUCUCGCAUGUCACCCUGCUCCUCCGAACACUCCACUGGCUUCCAGUUGAAGGUCGCAUCCACCGCAAGACCAUGGUGCUUGCCUACGGAGCUGCAAGGGGAACUGCCCCUCCCUACCUUCAGGCUAUGUUCAAACCCUACACCCCAACCUGAGUACUCCGUUCUGCCACCCCCUGAGGCUAGGACAGCGGAGUCCUUGCCCAUUUUCCAAAAAUGUCUGAAACCCUACCUCUUCAAAGAGUAUCUUAAGUAAUCCCACAUCCUUUCGUGAACUAACACUCACACUUGACUUUUUCCCUCCUUACUAGCACUGACUUUGCUGAUAGCUACUUUAUUGAGGAAAAAUGUACUUACUAUAACUGAGAUAUGUGGUUUGUCCACCUAGCUAUCUUAGAGAUGCACUAUGCAGAAAUCGCUCAGCCCAAACAUUAUAAUAGUUAGCCUAAUUUCAGUUUAUGUGACAAAACAAGCAAGUAUAGUGUAGAGAAUCAUUGUACCAUCUAAACCGCUGUGAAAUAUAUUUUCCAUAACCAAAAAUAUUGUAUUUUCAGCUGUUUGAAGCUGGUGUACAAAACCCAAAGUAAAAGACGAAAAAUCUGAACUUAAGCACAAAAACAACAAAAAAGGGGGAUACCUAGUCAGUUGUACAACUGAAUGCAUUCAACAGAAAUGUGUCUUCCGCAUUUAACCCAACCCCUCUGAAUCAGAGAGGUGCGGGGGGCUGCCUUAAUCGACAUCCACGUCAUCGGCGCCCGGGGAACAGUGGGUUAACUGCCCUGCUCAGGGGCAGAACGACAGAUGUUUACCUUGGGGAUUCGAUCCAGCUACCUUUCAGUGACUGGCCCAAAGCUCCUAGCCGCCAGGCUACCUGCCGCCCCUAGAACAGAUCUACCACUUUUCAAUUAGAAUGACUGAUCAAUAACUCACAUUUCUAUGUGAAGUUUGUCAGGUAGCCCAAAAAGUUACAUAUUGCAUCUUUAAGAUGAAUGCACUAACUGUAUGUCGCUCUAGAUAAGAUGAAUCAACUGUAAAUGUAGGAGAUGUGACAGAGACAGCAUACAGGGGAGGUGAACCCUGACCCUGUGCCCACAUCCUGAACCUCUCCAAGGACCCCCUCUGGUAGAGGAAUUAAACAUUAAUGCUUUUUAGGAUUCAUUGCAUCUACCCCCAGCUGCCAAGGCCUCUGUGAUAACGAUAGCACUUCCUUCACGAUUCCCCUGGAGAGAGCUUUCCUUCCCUGAUUUCGCCUUCUUUUUGAGGAUCAAUCAUAUCCUGUGUCAUCACAGGUGAAUUUUUCUCUGGCUGUGAAUAAUUAUUUUGCUUUGUUGUUGACAUUAUAUUAGCUGGUAGGGUUGCACUAGGCAUGUCAAAUGUGGAAAUUGCCAGUAAAUGUUUUAUUCGGUUUUCAGGUUCUUUGCAGAUGGUCUUCGAUGCUUUUUAGAUGCAUUUUUUUAUAUCCACAUUUGAAAAUGUAUUAAUUUCUGCUCUGUUAAUAUUGCCAUGUCUAUUUACCUUUAGGGGAAGGAGACUGAGGAAGAAGAUGAUGUGGCAGUCAACAUGGAAAAAGAUCGAUUUAUGGAUGAGUUCUUUGUACAGGUAAGCCCCAGAUGUGUGUGUGUGUGUGUGUGUGUGUGUGUGUGUGUGUGUGUGUGUGUGCUAUGUGAGCGACGGGUGCUCUGUGUAUGUACACCACUGAGAUGUACACAAACUCUAUACACAGGCACUGCACAGGACAACUAAAUUCUGAGGUCCAUUAAAUUAUUCAAAACAUUGUAGUCCCGUGUAGCUCAGUUGGUAGAGCAUGGCGCUUGCAACGCCAGGGUUGUGGGUUCGAUUCCCACGGGGGACCAGUUGGGGGAAAAACAUGUAUGCACUCACUAACUGUAAGUCGCUCUGGAAAAGAGCUUCUACUAAAUGACUAUAAUGUAAAUGUUUAACAAAGUGCCUUUUAUAUCUCUACUGAAAUACUUGUAAUUUAGCUAAGAGGUCCCAUUAGCGUCAUCUAAAGUUGCAAACAAGAAACCUGUAUUUGAGGUUAAAUAACAAUGUGCUGAAGCAACGUUUGGCUUGCCUUCCUCUCCCACCAUUUGCAUCUUACUCUUUUACACAGUUUUAAUCCUAACACAGACAGCAGCCGACUGUUGGCCAGAUCUGGUUUGUUGGUGCAACAUAUAUGGCUUAGUGCUGGCACAGAAACUUGUCAUAUGGUCCAGAUUUGGUACGAAUGUGGGAUAUGCGCACUAGGGGAGAGUUGGCACUUUGCUUAUGGGCAGGUCUAGCUUUUUCACAGCGAACAUCUGGUUAAUGUAUGGCAACCAGACCUGGCCUACUUGUGGACCAUAAUUUCAUGUGGUAACUGGGCCAAAAGGUAAGUGGUUAUCUUCUAGAUGUGGACCAUAUUUGGGCCAGAAAACAAAACCCACCAGCAGCAUUUACACAAAUAUAGGCUAGCUCCUUUAGCAUUGGUUUCCGUGGACAGGAGAAGGCCACGGAAAGUUCAGCCUACGGCAGCACAAUUAAUCAAAUUCACAUCGAAAUCGCAGAAUUUACAUGUGCAAUAUCCAUAUCGCAAGAGAUCCAUAUCGCAUGCAAUAUUUUGAAACACAUCUCAGCCGUGUAACAUCCGUUUUUAUAGUUUUCUCCUCUUGUGGCUGCUUCCCACACACACCAAGCCACGCCCCCUGUCACUCAAGCAGCGCAGUUCCUCCUCCUCACUGUUAGAUUCAAUAUAAAUUUGCAUGCUGUUCUGUUGGGUCAUAUGCAGUCAACCGAUUGUUCCAAACAAGAAUGAUGCUGCUUUCCAGUUUGCGUCUUAAUAUACACUGUAAGUCAUUAUAUUUCUAUGAUUCCAACACUUCACUCAAGUGUUUUGAUCUAUAUCGCGCUUCAAAUAACAAUAUUUGGUAAAGAAAUCGCUAUUCGAUUUUUUUUGCCCAUAUCGUGCAGCCCUAGUUCAGUAAGUGGUGCUGACUCUGAGUUGAGGAUGUCUACUGCAAUUCAUCUGGAGUUGAUCCAGUUUCUAACACUAGCUACUUCCAUAAUAGAACAGGCCCUUGAUAUGCGUGAAGCAGCGGGGUUGCCCUGUUCGUGCUCAGCUUUUGAGCUCUGAAGUCAAUAGAUCUCACUGUAGGCAAUGUCUUGCGCUCCCAAUUACAGAUGUUCAAGCCCCUGCGUCAUUACUUCAGACACGUCUUCCGCGAGCUGCCCUCUCCCACAGUAAGGGAUCAGUCAUCAAAGAGCCCAUGCCGUGUCUAGAUACACAUCAAAAUUAAGCCAUCAAACAUACACUACCGUUCAAAAGUUUGGGGUCACUUAGAAAUGUCCUUGUUUUCGAAAGAAAAUCACAUUAAAUAGUACCCGCAAAACACCAGUUUCAACGUCAACAGGAUGCUGACCUAGGCAGAGUUGCAAAGAAAAGAUUAAGAUGGGCAGUCUGAGAUAUGGCUUUUUCUUUGCAACUCUGCCUAGAAGGUCAGCAUCCCGUAGUCGCGUCUUCACUGUUGACGUUGAGACUGGUGUUUUGCGGGUACUAUUUAAUGAAGCUGCCAGUUGAGGAACUGUGAGGCACUUGUUUCUCAAACUAGACACUCUAAUGUAUUUGUCCUCUUGCUCAGUUGUGCACCGGGGCCUCCCACUCCUCUUUCUAUUCUGGUUAGAGCCAGUUUGCGCUGUUCUGUGAAGGGAGUAGUACACAGCGUUGUACGAGAUCUUCAGUUUCUUGGCAAUUUCUCGCAUGGAAUAGCCUUCAUUUCUCAGCACAAGAAUAGACUGAUGAGUUUCAGAAGAAAGUUCUUUGUUUCUGGACAUUUUGAGCCUGUAAUCGAACCCACAAUUGCUGAUGCUCCAGAUACUCAACUAUUCCCAAGAUGGCCAGUUUUAUUGCUUCUUUAAUCAGCACAACAGUUUUCAGCUGUGCUAACAUAAUUGCAAAAGGGUUUUCUAGUGAUCAAUUUGCCUUUUAAAAUGAUAAACUUGGAUUAGCAAACACAACGUGCCAUUGGAACACAGGACUGAUUGAUGGUUGCUGAUAAUGGGCCUCUGUACGUCUAUGUAGAUAUUCCAUUAAAAAUCUGCCGUUUCCAGCUACAAUAGCCAUUUACAACAUUAACAAUGUCUACACUGUAUUUCUGAUCAAUUUGAUGUUAUUUUAAUGGACAAUAAAAGACCCCAAACUUUUGAACGGUAGUGUAUGCCUCUAUGGUGCUAUCUAAGGACCGACCAUAGAGAUGAGCUAUCUGUGUUUGACAUUAGCAUGGUACAUGCAGUACUGUACUGAACCUGCUGAUUUCAUUUAUUUAUCAUCCGAUCCCUUACCCUCCGACUGGCUUAUUCAAACCUCCCCCUCACCUCUCCUAUGAUGCAACACUUCCUAUAUUCCCAAGACAAUGCAUUCUUAAUCAACUUACCUGAUCAAAUAAAGGUGGAUAAAUAAAUAAAUAAAUUGAAUUUAGCUCUAAAUACACCUUAUUCCACAGAGACUGUGAUGGUAUAAUAACUUAAAUCCCCUCUGCUCUCGCACUCGUCUCUCUCUAUGACUCAUUGAAGUCUUCCUGGCAUUGUCUCCCUCUACUUUAACAGCCGUUUUCCCAUCAGGCUGCCCACAUGCAGUGUCUGAGCUCUCGAACAGCACACUUAAAUACUACACCCUGCUGAGCUGUAGAGUAGCACCAUACUCAGCUGAGAAUCUCCCUAGCUACCAGGCACUGUGCAGCGUCUGUAGUGGUGGAAUAUAAACAUUGACGUAACCAACAUCUCUGUCUCUCUCCUCCAGGAGUGAUAUUUAGACCAGCUCCCUAUAGACACACUGCACGCUGAUGACAUCACUGAGCCUAUAACAAAGUGUGGUGUGCUGUGAUAGGGCUGAUAGAUAGAAGGGGAGUUGGAAUGGAAUGGGCCCAAUACUGUUUGACGUAUUUAUGACUGUUAUAUUGGGCUAAGGGCUUCGCUGUAUACUAAGCAGCAUAUCUACACAGAAGAGACUGCAUGGCCUACAUCAAGUGAAUAGCUCUAUGUUUGCUUGCCUGUUUUGAUUAGGCAAUUGGCCUCUAACAUGCUAACAGAUGUUUUUGUCUCCCCAAAUCUGAGUGAUGAUAUAACACAUUUGUACAAACAGAAAUCAUAUUAAGUAUAGAUGUUAUGUUUUUUUUAAUGGGCUUCUUUCUGGGUUCUACAUCAUUACCUGGUCUGCUUGUGGAUGGCCUCCUCAAGUGGGCUUGUUGUAUAAUGUCUCCCUCUCUGUUGUACCAGGUGGAGGAGAUCCGAGGCUUCAUCGAGGAGCUCUCAGAGAAGGUGGAGGAGGUGAAGAGACAACACAGCGCCAUCUUGGCCGCCCCCAAUCCUGACGAAAGUAAGGCUCUCUUCUCUACUCUUCCUCCCUGGAUGAAAGGAUGAGCGAUAGAACAAGGGAGAGGGAAAGGGUAGGUGGUAGGUCAUGAAAUGAGUUGGGAGAGAUGUUUGUGAAAUGGUAUCACCUCUAUCUGCCUCCUACACACACACAUACUCACAAACACAGUCAUCGGUAGUGCAUGUCACCUCUGAACCUCACUCUUUCAUUACAGCCUAGUUAUAAAUCAAGAGUUAAUAUCUGUUGAGCCCACAUGCUACAAUAGCAAGCCCAAUGUUACUCUCAACCCGCAAUGUAUUCUUCUCACACCCCUACUGUUUUCUUAUCAGUGAUAGCAGCACAGGUAGUGUGUGAAAAGGAGAGGAGACUCUGAAACAAUGGUUGUUCAACUCUUCAAACAAGUUCAGGAAUUUAAGAAUUUACUUGUUGAAUUGAAGUGGAGAAAAGCCCAUUAUGUGAAUGGACUGAAUGGAGUUCAAAUGCAUUGACCCCAGCCCUGGCAUGAGGACUUUGGUGUUGUUGAUGUGGAAGGUCACUCACUCCCUGGAGAGACGUGUGUGACCCUCAUCUCAUCCUCGUUCACUGAACAAUACAGGCCAUGACCCCAAGAGGGGGUUUGAAUUCACACCACACUUACUUUCAGUAUGCAAGUUAGUGAGUCAGUGUGCCACAUCUUCAUUUUAAUUAGUGUUUAAAUAUCCUUCUGUUUUAUUUGGAAGUGAUAAUAUAGUAAUUUAAUUGCAUUGUAUACAAUAAUACAUGUAGUCAUGCUUGGCUGCAUUUGGCACCCCAAAAAUGCUCCUAUUUUUUAUCAAUCAAAAACUAUUCAACAUGGCCAAUUAAUUAAGAGAUUUCUCUAAUAAGCACUCAUCUCCAAUGCAUUCUGAUUGGCCAGACAGGUCUGGCCUUGCAGAGAGGUUCAUUUAAGGCUUGAGAAGAACCACAUGGCUUAAGACGCUGAUGGAAAAAGAAACCCUCCAUUUGCAUCUGAUUUAUAUUCAUCGACAGAUACAGACAAGUCAUGUGAAAUAUAUGAAUAUAUUCGAAUUAUAGACUACUCCCGUGGGGCAAUUUUCCCUUGGGUUGCAUUUGGAGAGCGAUGCAAUGUUCCAUCUCCCAUUAAGUCUUAUUAGAUUAAUAUUGGUGUAAUUACCAAAGCACUUUAGCUAGCAUAGCGUAGGGAAGUGUCUGUGUGUUGAAUUCACAGUGACACUCAUGACAUUUCACUGAAGUACAGAGAGAAAUGCUUUAAUUUGUUGAUCUGUUUUGCUGUCAUUAGAGGAGAAGUGGAGUAAAAUAAAUAUAUAACAUUAUUUUUUUGAGGGGAAACAAUCUCAAUAAAAACUAAUCGAAACUGUAGAAAUGAUAAUGGACCUACAUUUAUAGUUUCUUCACCUGACCAGCUUGCUAACAGUAAUCAAAAAAAAUUCUAGACAGUCAGGGAGCAUCGAAAAUUCCAAAAGUGAUGGAUAGCGGACUAUGUUUUUCUAAUUUUCACAGAGAGGAAAUGCAACCAAUUUUAAGUGUGGCCCGUGGGGCAAAAUGAGUUUGACACCCCUGCCCUGAUCGAUAGGGCAGUUACUACCCUAGCGCUACACCUAGAGAGAAGCAUGGGACCUGUUAUUUGAUGAAAUGACGAUUUAGGCGCGAUUUCUUCCAACCUAUUGUCUCAUCAUGUCAUUGGAUGUAUCUAAGCCUUAACACGUCUAUGUGCUCCGAGGUCCCUGUCAAAGUAGAAGAAGAACCCUGCAUCAUUAAUGCAGGUUAGAGAAGACCUUUGCCCCCAUUAAUGUGCUGCCGACAGUGACACACACAAGCUCGUCAUCAUCUGCAACAGAUGAACUUGACCUCCGUGUUUUGUCACACACUCAGCCUACCCUCGUUGUCAGGGUCACAGCAGGCAGAAAUGAGUUGUCAGUGCUGGGGCUGGAACAACACUGCUGCUGCAUUCUGAUGUAUGAUUAGCGAGAAGAGCCAGGGUUAGGGUUAAUGUUCCUCACACAUACCAUAACAGAGACUGGCUGUCUUACCCACUUGUUUUGACUGUUGAGACCUAGCCCAAAACCGUAUGUGGGGCUUAGAAGUAGGGUGAAAUGACCAUAUCUCUGUGUGGGUGGUGUGGUCUGUGCAGCCCACUGAGAAGAUGACUGAUGCUGGGAGCUGGCUGAUGUGGGACAGGAACUAGGUCAUCACCACCAAAGCAUCCCUGAUCUUCCAUUUGAUGUAUUCUUUUGAUUUAUUUAGGAAUCUUUUACCCCUCUCGGGAAGAUGUUUCAGUAGGUAUUAAAGCUUUUCAGCAUCUGGUGAUAUGGCUGGGGGUCUUUUGAUGUUAUUUUCUUCUUUGCUGGAAGAAUCAGAAACAAACUCACAUUCAAAUGUGUUUUUUUAAAACUUUCUAUCAACAGAAACUAAGGCAGAGCUGGAGCAGCUGAUGACAGACAUAAAGAAGUUUGCAAACAAAGUGCGCUCCAAGUUAAAAAGUAUGUCGCAAACACACAACCAUUGGUCUCUGUCUUUCACUCCCCUCUCGAUGCUAAAUCAUGUGAUUACCUGAACAUUCUACCUUUACUGUGACACAAGCUUUGGCCAGAUUAUCUUAAAAAACUAAUCCAGGGCCUUGUUUCCCAGUUGUAAUGUAACUUUUGCAUUAUGAUGAUUGUACCAGAUGCAUCGUUAUUUACGAGCCAACUUUUAAAGUGUUACCCAAACAAGCAUGUAGAGAGAACGUUAAUUCGCUAAGUGCGUCGUUAGACCAUGUGUCGAUACUGAUAGGAUCGAAAGAAAAGCAGCGCUGCCCUCGGAUCAGCUUUCUCCAUUCAAAUCUUACCUUAAUAUUAUAAUUAUUCCACAAUGCUGACAGUGGAUCCGCUCCUAGAGAGUUACUGUAUUACCACAUAGGGCUGUAAAUAGGCUAUUGAGGCGGCUUAUUAUGCUUACCCAAUAAUAAUGCACCAAAUCACAGAUUGAGCACAUGUACAUUUUAGUCACACAUCAUGAAACACAUUCAGGGAAAAAUUACAGACAGUAGCCUGUUCGCAAAAUAUAAUAUAAUUGAUAAUAUGAUUGAAAUAGCCUAUAUAGGACCAUGUAGCCUAUGUAUCUUUUAACCCAUAAGAGUCCAAGCCCUGUCUAAGCCGGGUGGGUGAGGGGUGGGGGUGGGAUUUCUACUUAGCUAUAUGGAAUUGUUUUAAGAAGGUCAUACCAAGGAUCAUUUUGCCAUUUGAUUUAGAAUUUUAAGACAACUAUAAAUAUAAAUAUUGAUGAAAAAUACUUUUUGGCCUUACUGCUAUUAGCCCAUACAAACGCAUGGAAUAACAGAUAGUCCCCCCAAAAAAUAUAAAGGAAGUUUGUUCUGAAGUGUCCGGAAGAGAAAGAUCAGGAAACAUGUAUUUAACCCCUUAUUUUUUUACCCCGAUCUGACCACCCGUUAGCCUAUCCAUUGUUACAUAAUGAAAGGUGGGAAAACAAAACUACUGUUUGUUUCCCUGGUUGAGUUGAUGAGCUGAUUUGGGCCAUCAGUUGAUUGACAGAUGUAGGCCUACUGUAGAACGAUAAACUUUCUUCCAGUGAGGAUGCUCGUCCACGUUUUAUAGUUAGGCUAUGUAUAAUUUGUCAAUAUACGGUAUACUGAACAAAAAUAUAAAUGCAACAUGCAAAGUGUUGGUCCCAUGUUUCUUGAGCUGAAAUAAAAGGUCCCAGAAAUGUUCCAUACGCACAAAAAGCGUAUUUCUCUCACAUUUUGUGCCCGCAUUUGUUUUCAUCCCUGUUAGCGAGCAUUUCCCCUUUGCCAAGAUAAUCCGUCCAUCUGACAGGUGUGGCAUAUCAAGAAGCUGAUUAAACAGCAUGACCAUUACACAGGUGCACCUUGUGCUGGGGAUAAUAACAGGCCAGUCUAAAAUGUGCAGUUUUGUCACACAACACAAUGCCACAGAUGUCUCAUGUUUUGAGGGAGCAUGCAAUUGGCAUGCUGACUGCAGGAAUGUCCACCAGAGCUGUUGCCAGAGAAUUGUAUGUUAAUUUCUCUACCUCCAACGUCGUUUUAGAGAAUUUGGCAGUACGUCCAACUGGCCUCACAACCUCAAACCACGUGUAACCACGCCAGCCCAGGACCUCCACAUCCGGCUUCUUCACCUGCGGGAUCGUCUGAGACCAGCCACCCGGACACAUGAUGAAACUGAGGAGUAUUUCUCUAUAAUAAAGCCCUUUUGUGGGGAAAAAACGAAUAUGAUUGGCUGGGCCUGGCUCCCCAGUGGGUGGUGCUGGCUCCUAAGUGGGUGGGCCUAUGCCCUCCCAUGGCUGCGCCCCUGCCCAGUCAUGUGAAAUCGAUAUAUUAGGGCCUAAUGAAUUUAUUUCAAUUGACUGAUUUCCUUAUAUGAACUGUAACUCAGUAAAAUCGUUGAAAUUGUGCUCCAGGUAAGUAGUUAAAUGUAACAAAAGGUUCUUGCACUUCAAAAUAGUUCCAACAAAGUUCUUCUCAGAAGAGGUAUUUACAGAGGUAGAGUAACAAACAGGGCAAAACAAAAUAACUCCACGAGGGCAGAAAAAACAACUAAAGAUACUUAGAAAGCUUCCCUUGGAAAGACACGGUGGACAAAGCAGGAGACACAUAGCCAGACUCAAAACCAAGUGAGGAACAGGAAGAAACACAGCUAAAACUACUCAGGUGAAACAAGGCCAGUGGACCUGGAUCAGCUAAUAAGGACACCGAGGAAGAACUAGGCAGAGGGGAACACAGAUGACCUCUAGAGGCCGGAGACAAACAGGAGGCAGGAAGCUGACAGUUGCAUGUUGCAUUUAUAUUUUUGUUCAGUAUAGUUCUGGUCUUUGGUGUGGAUUGAAAGCCUGUAUUGUGUGGCUUUAAUAUUGUAUUUCUCAAAGCUGUCAAGAUGUUUAUGUAUUUGAGCCUAUCCAAAGACGAUUUUGUUGAGCUCAGACAAUUUUCUUUGAUGUGUAAAUUAUCAGACUAUUCGUUUUACUUCUUGAAAACAUUGAAAUAAACGCAAUGAACUUGUGGGCCUAAUGUAGGCAAAGGCUGGUCACUAUUUCGCCCAGCACUGGGCGCGAACUUACGAGGCUCGGAGCACACUGCUCAGACCAGUGCACAACGGCAGUUCAUAUUCACAAUGCUCUAGCAUGCACUAAGAAUACUAUGAAUACUGAUGAUACAUAGGCGUGUCGUUUUUAAUUCUUUUGUUUUAAGCCUCCCCAAACCAUAGCCCUAACCUUAACCACUCUGAACUAAUGCCUAAACUCUUAACCUUUAAAUUGUUUCUGUUUUAACCUUGUAACCACGCGGAAUUAAGGCCCAACUCGGUGGAAAAUCUGUCUCCCUCCAGCAAGUGGCGUGUUUUCGUUGUUUUGCCCACCAAGCAAGGAGUUUUUGUAUGGAGGUCAAUGAGUGUCGAAUUUGGUCAACAAAAAAAAGGAAUGGCUAAAUUGCUAUGUGAGGUUUAUUUGAUCAAGUAUACGUUUCGUGAUGCUUAAGUUGUUACGAGUGUACUGAUAUAAGUAGGACGUGGCAUCCCGGCAACUUUGAGAAAAAACACUUUAUAUUUUAGUUGUGUCGAGAUGGCUGUGCAUAUUCAUGGCAUGAAGCUAGUAGCAUAGCAUCUCCCUCCUUUGAAUACAGACGGUUGACGUCAACAACCCUCAUCGAAUAUUCAAAAAAAGAUUACAAUAAUGAGAUGUAUCCACCAAUCCAAAGAAACGAUAGGCAGGAGCUAGACAGCCCGUCAUGCCGCUUUGUGGACAACGACUCCCAUUAUUAGGGCGUGAGACGUAUCUUGUCAGUAUAUCCAUAAUCUUUGACGUUCAUCCAUGAGUCAAAGGGCAGUGGGCCGGAUUCGAACCCAUGCCGACUCUGGCAUAUGUGUGCCAGGGUCAGUGGCUGUAACUCCUGGACCACACAGGUAUUGAUUCUGCCUAUUGCUUGCCUUCAACAUAUAAUAAAACAAUUGAUCUAAAACAACUGAUUUUCCCUAAAGAAAAAUAAGUCUACCCCCUACAAAUAUGUAAAUGUAUUAUAAUCCACAUAAGAAUUCACAAGAGACACGAUGUAGCCUGCAUAAAGUACAAUGUGGGUACGGUACUGCAUUGUAUAUACAAACACUGCUUCCAGCUGCGCCUUGGCGGCGAUUCAACAUAUUUAUUCAGACAUUCAAAUCAUCCUGCUGCAAGAUUAUUAUACUCCUGCGACGAAAGGGGUCAAAUUAAGACGUAACAUUUGCAUUUUGGCUGCUCUACGGGACUCGUAAAUGUGCAAAGGUUUUUAAGAGCCACGUUACUAACGAAGUCUCUGCGAAACACCUUGUCUACUAAAGAUACAUCGUAAGAAGGUUCUAACGAUGAUAUUAACGCUCUGAGAAACGAGGCCCAGGUUCUUCAUUAAUUAGACAAUCUGAAUAAAUGGUACUGGUAAUGGUAGAUUAAUUCUUCUUCUCGCUCUCUGUUCCCUACAGGCAUUGAACAGUCCAUAGAGCAUGAGGAGGCUUUAAGCAGGUCGUCUGCAGAUCUGAGGAUACGUAAGACACAGGUGGGUUAUGCUAUAUAUAGCAGGGACUUUCAAAUCUGAGUCUGUCGUUUUCAGGAUUGGAGUUGUCAUCCCUGCUGUACUGUAUGUGUAACUCUAGUCUAGUGAAUGGUGGAAAACUCUUGAUGGACAGUGUAACAUCCUGCAUCAUUCCCUACCAGCAUUCCACGUUGUCUCGGAAGUUUGUGGAGGUGAUGUCAGAGUAUAAUGCCACGCAGUCGGACUACCGGGAACGCUGCAAGGGCCGCAUCCAAAGACAACUGGAGAUUAGUGAGUAUGCUCUGUGUGUGUGUGUGUGUGUGUGUGUGUUCCUGAUAUUCGCUUAUCAGGAAUUGUGAUACGGUAUUGUGCAUGUUGGGCAUGAUAGCUUUACAGAGUACAUAGUUACACACCGCACGAAUGGGUUGAUUUUGUUUUGGUUUUAUUUCCCCGUUCCCAAUUUUGUUUGUCUAUUUUUAACACUGUUUCCCCAAAGCAUUUAUUUUAUGCAUUCUUAAUAUUGGCUGGGAUUCCUAAUGUUUGUUUGAGGUGUAGGUGUGUAUGCUAAUUUAUUAGCAUAUAUUUAUGUUGAAUGCAUCUGUUCACUUGCAUAAUUCAAGGACGCGUUUCAUGAGUAAUGGAAGGCAGGUGGAUCAUGUAAACUUUAGGGCUGUGUAGUCAACUUUGAUCAGGACAACCCAUUGGUGACACGCAUGUGUGUGUGUUUUGCAAAUGUGUGUGUGUUUGACAGGAGGUUGGUGGCACCUUAAUUGGGGAGGACGGGCUCGUGGCAAUGACUGGAUUGGAAUCAGUAGAAUGGUAUCAAAUACAUCAAACACAUGGUUUGAUGCCAUCCCAUUUGCUCUGUUUCAGCCAUUAUUUUGAGCCGUCCUCCCCUCAGCAGCCUCCACUGGUGUGUUUUGCAUAUGUAAUGAGGGCUUUGAGAAUCGCCUCAUGUUUUAAGACGCUCUUUAAAUUGUUUAAUCUGUUAGAACCUUGUUGUUUCUGGAAGGAGUGUGUGUGUGUGUGUGUGUGUGUGUGUGUGUGUGUGUGUGUGUAACUGAGAAAUCAAGCCAAUGCUCGAGAUAUUGAUCUGGUUAAUUUAAAAAGGCAUCAUGGGAAUAGCAGUAAACAAGGUGAGGAGGCCGACAAUGUCAUUCCAAUCUUCUAUUUUAAUAUCCUUUUAAAAAUUAAUUUAUCCUCUCACUCAUGCAGUUUAGACUGCGUUUAAUAAACCUUGAAGCGAUCAUUGAAACAGUUUUCCGGUUUUCUCUGGAGGUGUGUGUGUUGCACUGUAAUUUCAGCUCCAGAUGACGGUAGUGAGGAGAUAACACCCAUAGGGGUUUAUUGAGCAGAAUAUAAUAUAAACAUUGAAGUCACUCAGGCUGGAAGCAAAUGACGUGAGGCAGAAUGGGGAAAGAUUGACUCUGAAAUGAUUAGAGAUGUAGAGACAAGCUCCUCUUGGGUUCUCCAACAAGCUUCACUAUUGGAGAAGUGUGGGGAUACCAAAAUAGCCUCUUGUGGUUAGAUGAUUCUUCUCUCUUUUUCUUGGGCCUUGGUCCUACACCUAAAACUCUUACAUUAGCAUCAUGGUGUAAUGGCUUAUGCUUUUUGACACUGUACAUGAAUGUGUAUUGACAUUUACAACUUCAUAUGAAUCCAACUGUCAAAAUGUGUUUGUUCAUUUGUCUCAAGAAGUCAUGCAAUUGCUAGCCUGUGUUUCAAGCCUGCUCCUGGAAAAAAUAUGACAUCAUUUUAAUUCAGUUUAAUUGACCAUCUCAAACAAGGAAUAUGUAGAUAGGUAUCAAAGGGACUCCCCCUCAAAACUUGAGGUUGAUUAAACAGGCAUGUGUGACAGCUUCUGUGACUACCCUGUCUAAAUCCCCAGCCUUCCACAAGAUGUGUGUGUUUGUGUGUGUGUGUGUCCCAGGUGAGCUGCAGGUGUGUUGCAGCCAGGAAGUGCUAGCAGCGCUGAGUCAAUAUUGAACCAGGCGGAGCAGCACACACAACAGAAGUCCUGCAGCUGAACCUCCACACAUACACACACACACACUGCACAGUCAUACACAGCCAUAAGGCAUUAUACAUAGCUAUAGAGUGUUAUACCCAGUCAUAAAGCAUUGUAGGCCUACACAUCUCACAGGUCUCUUUCCAAACAUUUAGAGAAACGUCCUAGUCAAAUAAUAAUUAAAUACUUUUAAGGAGCGUUAUCAACAACCGGAAGACAUCAUGCCAAGCCAUAGAUUGUUGUACAGCCAUAGAGUGUUUAUACAUAGGCUACAGUGUUAUACACAUUGUUGAUACUCGCAAAUUGACCUUUGCUCUAUUCGCAUCGUCACUACCACAUUGUCUGCUCUCCAGUGUAAUGUGGGGCAGUGUGGGAAUCUGCCAUUUACCUGUGAGUGGGAGGCUGACUAGGCUAGGGGAUGAGAUGAGGAGGUGGUGUUGAUAGCCCUGGGUCCCCGCAGAGUGGAGAGAGAAUGAGGGGGUGGAACAAGGGUUAGCCUUAGGGCUCACCUGGGAAUAGAGGGGUGAACAGAUCCAUAGUGGAAGUGUGUGCACACACUCAUUAACACAUGUACACCUACAGUGGGGGAAAAAAGUAUUUAGUCAGCCACCAAUUGUGCAAGUUCUCCCACUUAAAAAGAUGAGAGACGCCUGUAAUUUUCAUCAUAGGUACACGUCAACUAUGACAGACAAACUGAGAGAAAAAAAUCCAGAAAAUCACAUUGUAGGAUUUUUAAUGAAUUUAUUUGCAAAUUAUGGUGGAAAAUAAGUAUUUGGUCACCUACAAACAAGCAAGAUUUCUGGCUCUCACAGACCUGUAACUUCUUCUUUAAGAGGCUCCUCUGUCCUCCACUCGUUACCUGUAUUAAUGGCACCUGUUUGAACUUGUUAUCAGUAUAAAAGACACCUGUCCACAACCUCAAACAGUCACAAUCCAAACUCCACUAUGGCCAAGACCAAAGAGCAGUCAAAGGACACCAGAAACAAAAUUGUAGACCUGCACCAGGCUGGGAAGACUGAAUCUGCAAUAGGUAAGCAGCUUGGUUUGAAGAAAUCAACUGUGGGAGCAAUUAUUAGGAAAUGGAAGACAUACAAGACCACUGAUAAUCUCCCUCGAUCUGGGGCUCCACGCAAGAUCUCACCCCGUGGGGUCAAAAUGAUCACAAGAACGGUGAGCAAAAAUCCCAGAACCACACGGGGGGACCUAGUGAAUGACCUGCAGAGAGCUGGGACCAAAGUAACAAAGCCUACCAUCAGUAACACACUACGCCGCCAGGGACUCAAAUCCUGCAGUGCAAGACAUGUCCCCCUGCUUAAGCCAGUACAUGUCCAGGCCCGUCUGAAGUUUGCUAGAGUGCAUUUGGAUGAUCCAGAAGAGGAUUAGGAGAAUGUCAUAUGGUCAGAUGAAACCAAAAUAGAACUUUUUGGUAAAAACUCAACUCGUCGUGUUUGGAGGACAAAGAAUGCUGAGUUGCAUCCAAAGAACACCAUACCUACUGUGAAGCAUGGGGGUGGAAACAUCAUGCUUUGGGGCUGUUUUUCUGCAAAGGGACCAGGACGACUGAUCCGUGUAAAGGAAAGAAUGAAUGGGGCCAUGUAUCGUGAGAUUUUGAGUGAAAACCUCCUUCCAUCAGCAAGGGCAUUGAAGAUGAAACAUGGCUGGGUCUUUCAGCAUGACAAUGAUCCCAAACACACCGCCCGGGCAACGAAGGAGUGGCUUCGUAAGAAGCAUUUCAAGGUCCUGGAGUGGCCUAGCCAGUCUCCAGAUCUCAACCCCAUAGAAAAUCUUUGGAGGGAGUUGAAAGUCUGUGUUGCCCAGCGACAGCCCCAAAACAUCACUGCUCUAGAGGAGAUCUGCAUGGAGGAAUGGGCCAAAAUACCAGCAACAGUGUGUGAAAACCUUGUGAGGACUUACAGAAAACGUUUGACCUGUGUCAUUGCCAACAAGGUAUAUAACAAAGUAUUGAGAAAUUUCUUUUUAUUGACCAAAUACUUAUUUUCCACCAUAAUUUGCAAAUAAAUUCAUUAAAAAUCGUACAAUGUGAUUUUCUGGAUUUUUUUUUUCCCUCAUUUUGUCCCGUCAUAGUUGCACGUUAUUGUUCAUGUCAGAAGUACAUGUCAAUAUGCAUCCACUGCCAUGUGUUUCAAGUCCUGCUCACUGCGAAAAAAUAUGACAUCAUUUUAAUUCAGUUUAAUUGACCAUCUCAAACAAGGAAUAUGUAGAUAGGUAUCAAAGGGACUCCCCCUCAGAACUUGAGGUUGAUUAAACAGGCAUGUGUGACAGCUUCUGUGACUACCCUGUCUAAAUCCCCAGCCUUCCACAAGAUGUGUGUGUUUGUGUGUCCCAGGUGAGCUGCAGGUGUGUUGCAGCCAGGAAGUGCUAGCAGCGCUGAGUCAAUAUUGAACCAGGCGGAGCAGCACACACAACAGAAGUCCUGCAGCUGAACCUCCACACAUACACACACACACACUGCACAGUCAUACACAGCCAUAAAGCAUUAUACAUAGCUAUAGAGUGUUAUACCCAGUCAUAAAGCAUUGUAGGCCUACACAUCUCACAGGUCUCUUUCCAAACAUUUAGAGAAACGUCCUAGUCAAAUAAUAAUUAAAUACUUUUAAGGAGCGUUAUCAACAACCGGAAGACAUCAUGCCAAGCCAUAGAUUGUUGUACAGCCAUAGAGUGUUUAUACAUAGGCUACAGUGUUAUACACAUUGUUGAUACUCGCAAAUUGACCUUUGCUCUAUUCGCAUCGUCACUACCACAUUGUCUGCUCUCCAGUGUAAUGUGGGGCAGUGUGGGAAUCUGCCAUUUACCUGUGAGUGGGAGGCUGACUAGGCUAGGGAUGAGAUGAGGAGGUGGUGUUGAUAGCCCUGGGUCCCCGCAGAGUGGAGAGAGAAUGAGGGGUGGAACAAGGGUUAGCCUUAGGGUGUGUGUUUACAUACGCACACACACACAUAUACACACGUGUCCUGAUUGGGCGCUGGGUUGCCACGCCAGAUGUUACUUUUGUCCUUGCCAAUCACGAAUGAGUCACUCAUGACACUCACUCCUCCCAAUGGCAAUUAGUGAAAGGGCAUACUCAUUAAUUUAGCUGUACCAAGAGGUUAUGACAUGCAGAUUAAUAUGUUGAAAAAUAUAUAAUACUGUCACUACCUGCUACCUCUAACCAACCAAGGUUUAUAAAUUGACAAAUGUGAGACGUGAGAGUUAUUCAGCUUCUCUUGAAGGAGUGCCGCACACAGCCCUGAGCCCAAAUAGGGAGAGGAAAGAGAGAGGGACUGUUAUUGGGUAUGGCAGUGGCUGAGGUUAUUGGGUAUGGCAGUGGCUGAGGUUAUUGGGUAUGGCAGUGGCUGAGGUUAUUGGGUAUGGCAGUGGCUGAGGUUAUUGGGUAUGGCAGUGGCUGAGGUUAUUGGGUAUGGCAGUGGCUGAGGUUAUUGGGUAUGGCAGUGGCUGAGGUUAUUGGGUAUGGCAGUGGCUGAGGUUAUUGGGUAUGGCAGUGGCUGAGGUUAUUGGGUAUGGCAGUGGCUGAGGUUAUUGGGUAUGGCAGUGGCUGAGGUUAUUGGGUAUGGCAGUGGCUGAGGUUAUUGGGUAUGGCAGUGGCUGAGGUUAUUGGGUAUGGCAGUGGCUGAGGUUAUUGGGUAUGGCAGUGGCUGAGGUUAUUGGGUAUGGCAGUGGCUGAGGUUAUUGGGUAUGGCAGUGGCUGAGGUUAUUGGGUAUGGCAGUGGCUGAGGUUAUUGGGUAUGGCAGUGGCUGAGGUUAUUGGGUAUGGCAGUGGCUGAGGUUAUUGGGUAUGGCAGUGGCUGAGGUUAUUGGGUAUGGCAGUGGCUGAGGUUAUUGGGUAUGGCAGUGGCUGAGGUUGGAUGGAUUCAGAAGUGGGAGGACAGAAGGACACUUGGAGGGAGGCAGAGGUCUUUUUUUAGGGUGUUAUGUCUAUAUGUGUGUAAGUGUGUGUGUGUAUGUGUCUUUGUACGCAUGUGUGUGGCCAUCACAUGUUGUGGCCUUUUUGUCACAAGCUGCCAUGCUAAAGCCUCACAGGGUCGGUCACUAAGGUUACAGACUUGAAAUAUCAAUUUCCCCCUGGAUGGAAUAGUGGAUUAGGCCCUCCUAUUGCCAACUGGUGUCACAAGAUAGCCCCAACACAUCUCUGCUUGUUGCUAGCAGGCACUUUUCAUUGGAAAGCUGUGGAAAGACAGGGAAGCAAUGUUGCGUGUGCAUGCUUUAUUUCAAAUAGUGAUAGUGUUAACAAUCUGUCUGUAAUACAACCAUGAUGGAACUCUACAACAUAGGUUUCUAUGGAUUGUUGUUUGGAUGAAUUCAAUCACUAAGACACAUUUAGUGAGUGAAACAAAAAAGCCCAUACUGUAUUAAUCAAAUAUGGUCUGUGUAAGUCAUUUGGGCGGCAGUAGCCUAGAGAUUAGAGAGGUGGACCAGUUCAAGCCCCGGGCCGGACAACACAAAAAUGGGAAUGCAACUGAACUGGCAGCUAGAAGGCUGCUGGUCUCUGAUCCCUAGAACCAUCUCCAGUUGUUGCCCUUGAGCAAGGCACUUAGCUGCACAGAAUUACUCUCCAUCCAGGGGCACUGCACCGCUGCUGACCCUGUGCCUCUCAACGUGUGUGUGUGUGUAUCUGGGGGUAUUGGGAAAGGCAGAAGACCAAUAUCAGUUUUAACCAAUGAACAAUAAAGUUGUAUUCUAUUCUGUAAGGAAUAUAUAGGGUGUCCAAUCAAAAACGCAUCUUUUGACCAAUGGGUAAAUAUGUUAAUUGUGUACAUAAUCCUCUAAGAAAACCAAUGGUCCAAACCUCAUGUUUCUAUCAUAAUCCGUUCAAACUUUAUUGGAGUUUUUACCCUUGUAGGAUGGUCAAAAUUAGGGCGACUAAAUCAGUGGAGGCCAGAGAAAAAAAUGUGUUAAAAAAUCAGGAAAAUAACAUUGCGUCAGCUAGGCUGGAUGAUGUGCGAGAAUUUAUGCUACCUGACAAGCUUAAUGUUAAUUAGAAACUGGAUGGGUCGAGCCCUGAAUGCUGAUUGGCUGAAAGCCGUGGUAUUGCAGACCGUAUACCACGGGUAUGACAAAACAUUUAUUUUUACUGCUCUUACGUUGGUAACCAGUUUAUAGUAACAAUAAGGCUCCUCGUGGGUUUGUGAUAUAUGGCCAAUAUACCACAGCUAAGGGCUGUGUCCAGGCCCUCUGCGUUGCAUUGUGCUUAAGAACAGCCCUUAGCCGUGGUAUAUUGGCCAUAUACCACACCCCCUUGUGCUUUAUUGCUUAAUGAUACACUACAUAACCAAAAGUUUGUGGACACCCCUUCAAAGUAGUGGAUUCGGCUAUUUCAGCCACACUCGUUGCUGACAGGUGUCUAAAAUCGAGCACACAGCCAUGCAAUCUCCAUAGACAAGCAUUGGCAGUAGAAUGGCCCGUACUGAAGAGCUCAGUGACUUUCAACGUGGCAUCGUCAUAGGAUGCCACCUUUCCAACAAGUCAGUUUGUCACAUUUCUGCCCUGCUAGAGCUGCUCCUGUCAACUGUAAGUGCUGUAGUGGAAAAGUCUAGGAGCAACAACGGCUCAGCCGCGAAGUGGUAGGCGACACAAGCUCACAGAACGGAAAUGCAGAGUGCUGAAGCGUGUAGCACGUAAAAAUCGUCUGUCCUCGGUUGCAACACUCACUACUGAGUUCCAAACUGCCUCUGGAAGCAACAUCAGCACAGGAACUGUUAGUCGAGAGCUUCAUGAAAUGCUUUUCCAUGGCCGAGCAGCCGCACACAAGCCUCAGAUUACCAUGCGCAAUGCCAAGCGUCGGCUGGAGUGGUGUAAAGUUUACCGCCAUUGGACUCUGGAGCUUCACCAUCUGGCAGUCCGACGGACUAAUCUGGGUUUGGCGGAUGCAAGGAGAACGCUACCUGCCCGAAUGCAUAGUGCCGACUGUAAAGUUUGGUGGAGGAGGAAUAAUGGUCUGGGGCUGUUUUUCAUGGUUCGGUCUAGGCCCCUUAGUUCCAGUUAAGGGAAAUUUUAACGCUACAGCAUACAAUGACAUUCUAGACGAUUCUGUGCUUCCAACUUUGUGGCAACAGUUUGGGGAAGGCUCUUUCCUGUUUCAGCAUGACAAUGCCCCCGUGCACAAAGCGAGGUCCGUACAGAAAUGGUUUGUCGAAAUUGAUGUGGAAGAACUUGACUGGCCUGCACAGAGCCCUGACCUCAAACCCAUCGAACACCUUUGUGAUGAAUUGGAACGCCGACUGCGAGCCAGUCCUAAUCGCCCAACAUCAGUGCCCGACCUCACUAAUGCUCUUGUGGCUGAAUGGAAGCAAGUCCCCGCAGCAAUGUUCCAACAGUGGAAAGCCUUCCCAGAAGAGUGGAGGCUGUUAUAGCAGCAAAGGGGGGACCAACUCCAUAUUAAUGCCCAUGAUUUUGGAAUGAGAUGUUCGACGAGCAGGUGUCCACAUACUUUUAGCCAUGUAGUGUAUGUUAGAAAAAGACCCCACUGAAUGAUUCAGAACAUAAAUAAUCAAAUUUGUCUUGGUAAAAUGUAUUUUAUAACCUAAGGAAGUGAAACGUCAUCACCAAAGCACUCUGGGCAGAGUGGGUGGACACCCUAGAAUAUAUUGUAUGCGAUUAUGAAUUCAUAUAUGCUUUUAUGAAUGCUUAUAGCAAAUGUUAUAAUGCAUUAUUAUGGGUGUAAUAGGAGGCACCAUAAACUCAUUACACCCAGUUGGUUCAUAGAAACUAUUAUCCUUCUUUUCAGCCCCAUCUUAGCUUUUUCAAACAGGAAAUCUGUGAAAUACUGCCUUUUAAAACAGACUGAAUGUGUCUCCCAUCAGGGGCUGGGUUAGGCAGAGAUAGAAGCAGGCAGACAGGCAGAUGAGAGACUAGUGUGUGAUUAAUCCUACGCUGAUGCCUCUCUCUUUCUUUCUCUCUCCUAUCUCUCUUUCUCUCUCUUUCUUUCUCUCGCUCUCUUUCUCUUUGCGCCUCGUCCUCCCAGACUAAUUGCCUGAAUGGGGUUAUGGGCGCCCGCUCUCUGCCAUCGUGAUGAGUGAUGCGUCGGUACACUCACUCACUCUCACACACACACACACACACACACACAAGGACAAGUACACACACACGUGUUCUUGGAUAUAUAGUACACACAUAGACAUAUACAAAGACAUACAGUAUACUUGUGAUUGCACACACACAGAGCAUCCCUGAGGAUACUAAUUUAGCCUGUCACAAUGACAUUUGGUCUGUCUUUAUCAGUUAUAGUUAGCCAUUACCAGUUGGAUCACGUUAUGAGAUUUAUUGCUGUUUCAAAAUGUAUAGUCUUCUAUUGUGCUGUAUAUACUCAAUUGCUGUUGGUUACAGGUUGGUAUUUGGAGACCAACUCCAUGGAUUGUCUUUGUCAUUGUAGCUGGUAGGAACACAACUAAUGAGGAACUGGAGAGCAUGCUGGAGAGUGACAACCCUGCCAUCUUCACAUCAGGGGUGAGGGACCACAACAUGCAAGUGUCUGAUAUAAUCAUACACAGUACAAUCAUCUAGAAGACAAGCUUUCUUUGUUGGCGAGGUGUAGCAUACCAACUGAGUAUGCCACACCUACAAGGGGGGGAACUUGUGUGUGGGUAUGAGUGUGUGAUGACACAUGAACUGUGUCACUGUGUCUCUCUUAGAUCAUCAUGGACUCCAACAUCACCCAGCAGGCCAUGAAUGAGAUUGAGACGAGACACACUGAGAUCAUCAAGCUGGAGAACAGCAUCAGAGAACUUCACGACAUGUUCAUGGACAUGGCCAUGCUGGUGGAGAGCCAGGUAGGAGUCUAUACACACUGACUGGCCAACACACAACAAUGAAGACUACACACAUACCAAUUAGAAAACCCACAACAAUGAAAUCCCUCUCUUUCUCUUCCCUGCUCCUCCGUUCACCUUCUCUCUCUCUCUCUCUCUCUCUCUCUCUCUCUCUCUCUCUCUCUCUCUCUCUCUUCAGGGGGAGAUGAUAGACCGCAUAGAGUACAAUGUGGAGCACUCAGUGGACUAUGUAGAGAGGGCCGUGUCUGACACCAAGAAGGCAGUAAAGUACCAGAGUAAAGCCAGGAGG